GGGCUCAGCCCGAGGCUCUCCGGGACAGCCAUUCCCGGCUCCAGCCGCUGCCCAGCCGGCGCUGUGAGGGCAGAGCUCGGACCGGACGGCAUGGCGCCCCGGGCAGCCUGCCUCCUCCUCUGCCUCCUCCUCUGCCUCCUCUCCCUCGCACAGGUCUCCGGCCAGCAGAACGGCAAAGCCCGGCAAAAACCGGCGGCGUCCAAGAAAGAUGGUGUGAGCCUCAAAAUGAUUGAAGACCUGAAGGCCAUGAUUGACAACAUCUCUCAGGAGGUUGCUCUACUGAAGGAAAAGCAAGCACUCCAGACAGUUUGCCUGAAAGGCACCAAAAUUCACCUGAAAUGCUUCCUGGCAUUUUCGGAGACCAAGACAUACCACGAGGCCAGCGAAAACUGCAUCUCUCAGGGCGGCACGCUCAGCACGCCCCAGAACGGGGAGGAGAACGAUGCCCUCUACGAUUACAUGCGCAAGAGCAUCGGCUCGGAGGCCGAGAUCUGGCUGGGCCUCAACGACAUGGCCACAGAGGGCAAGUGGGUCGACAUGACGGGCAGCCCCAUCCGCUACAAGAACUGGGAGACUGAAAUCACCACCCAGCCCGACGGUGGCAAGCUGGAAAACUGUGCAGCUUUGUCGGGGACCGCCAUUGGCAAGUGGUUCGACAAGAGGUGCCGAGAGCAGCUGCCCUACGUCUGCCAGUUCAUGAUCGUGUAGCGGCGGGGCCUCCUCGCUGCCCAGCCAGCCCGGAUCUCCCCCCUGGCAGCAGGAUGAUGAAGCUGUAGUUGUGUGUCCGCCUCCAAGUGCAUCCGCGCACCCACACGCACGUGUUCAGUAGAGCCACCCUUUGCAAAGAGAGUCGCCACGGCUCGCUCUCGGGUUAUAGAGCCCUAGAGCAUUUCCUUUGGCCACAUCCAGCCCUGUUUGCAGCUGCACUGCUCUUCUUAAGGCACGAUUUAUAGAUAUAUAUAUAUUUUUUUACACAGGGAAUUUAUUAGGACAGCUCAGUUGUUCCAGCAGAGAACCAGUGCAGCAGUCCAGCCUGGCAUACAGCUGCCUCGGCUGCCCAGGGCUGUCACUCUUGAAUUCCUUUCCCAUUUUGCUGAGCUUUCUUGGGACACCAGCAUAGGCAGUUUCUGCUUUCUUCUCUUAUUUUGUUUCCCAGUAAGCCCUGGCAGCAGUUUGUGAGAGUUCUGUGUUCCUCACAGUGUCCUGAUUCAGUCUUGUGAGGAUCAAGGUCCUGUCUCAAUGAGCAGAGGGAUCUACUCCUGCUUUGCAUUGAGAGAUGCAAUUUGGCUUAUUUGGCAGGGUACCAGCUGCUCAAGGGGCUGUCCAACUAGUCAAAUUACGUGUAUGAAUGAAUUAGCAAGUUACAGGCAUGUUUGGUCCUUUUCUCACCAGCCAGAAGCCAUUUUCACUGACUUCAGUGGGAAAGCAUGACCCACUGCCAGAUCCUUUGAAAAAAAAUCCCAUCAGAAGUUCUAUUUGUGCUACAGUAUCAGGGGGAAAGCAGAGAAGACUUGGAGCAUAGUUAGUCAACAACAUUACUAGAAAUAGAAGAUGUGUUUAUUACAUAAAUAACAUAAAUGUAAUACUCUUAGGGAGUAUGUUGCUGUAUAAAAAUAACUAUAUAUUGAAAACAAGCCCCAGGACAACUCACUCUAGCAGCUUUAGGAAUGACCUGACCUGUUUAUAUGAUGGGAAUCCAGAUGAACUAGUCCAGUAUUUGCUGGUUCUUGGUAAAUACAAAUUGCCUGACCACUCUUUGUGCCAAUAUAGUCAUGCCCAGCUGAAGGCCUGACCUCAGUGAUUUUUUUACUGAGAAAAGGUUUAAAGUAAAAAAAAAAAAAUAAAAAAAAAAAAAAUGAAAUAACAGCAAUGGUGGGAAAGAAGUGCAGGUCACCCUGGCAGCUUAACAGAGCUUUGCUGGCUGUUGGCUAAGAGGUAUCAGUGGUUCUUUGCAGUGCUUGGUAAUAACCCCUCCGGUUUGGGUCACACACCCUGCACUUCCAGGUUGGAGGUGUCAAGACAGGAUCCUGCCUGUGGGACAGGUGUUCCAAUUUGCUGCUUUGUUUAAAAGCAGGAUGGUGGUAGGUCUUCCAAGACAUCAAGUCUGAGCCAAGCUAGAAACACACACAAACACAAAUGCAGAGUGCACGCUUCUGAAGUUGUCACUAUUGCCAAACUCUCCGCUGUUCAAAUGACUAUAAAAUAAAAAUAUCUCUGUAGCUUGCUGAAGGAAUGGA